AUGGAUACAGAGCCAGGCCACGAGGGAGGGCCUCCGGGGGCAGAGGUAGGAGAAAGAAACCCUGCCGUGGCUACAGAGGUGAAGAACUCGUUGUCAGAACCCCCACCGAUGAGUCCAAAGGUUGAGCUGAAGGCGAAGAAGCCAGGGCCCAGGGCCCGGAAUCAAGUGGACAGUGGGCCACAGAAGGAACUGGUGGUCCCAGGCAUUGUGGAUUUCGAGCUGACCCAAGAAGCAGUGAGGAUCCCCAAGCCCCAAACCCCCGGUGCCUACCGCUUUGGCCGCCUCAGCCACCAUUCCUUCUUCUCUCGACACCACCCCCACCCCCAGCACGUAACCCACAUCCAAGAUCUCACCGGGAAGCCUGUCUGUGUCGUCCAGGGCAAGUUCUCUCCGGCCCCCUUGCCUCCAGCCAUGUUCUUACCCAGCUGUCUGAUAGGGAUGUCCACCAUCUCUAUCCCCAUUGGAGACCCACAGUCCAAUCGGGACCCUCAGCUGUCUUCUGAGACUUGGAAGAGGGCAUUGAAGGACCUGGCAUCCCGGGUGGCCAUCUUCACCAAGGAGAAUGAGGCGAAGAGCCAAGAGGUGGGUCAAAAGGCAGAGCUGAAGAGAGAGCAGGGGGCCAAGUACUCCGCCGAGACCGGGAGGCUCAUCCCAGCAUCCACGGCAGCCCUUUCCCAACACAGCUCCCGCCAGAGCCAGCGAAGCUCUUCCUCAGGCCGAGCGGGAGGAGUCCAGACCUCUGUUCUCCAGGACCCCGAGCUGCUGAUCCUGGAGCUCCUGUGCCAGAUUCUGCAGACAGACUCGCUGAGUGCCAUCCAGUUCUGGUUGCUCUUUGCUCCCCCAAAGGAAAAGGACCUGGCCCUGGGGCUCCUGCAGGCAGCAGUGGCCCCUCUGCUCCCCCAGCCGCUAGUCUCCAUCCCCACAGAAAAACUCCUGAACCAACUUCAAGAUGUUCAAACAUCCACACCAGAAAAGGAGCAGCCACACUACAGUCAGUCCCCAAAGCCAACAAAGACAUUGCCAGUACUAAAGAGCGAGAAGCCAGAGUACAUCGGAGCCGCCCAAGUUCUCCGAGUGAACUCAAGCCGAAACUCAGAAGAAAAAGUGUUGGCAUCACAGGCAGAGAGCUGA